UAGAAACAAAGAGAUGAAGGAGAUAAAAGAUGAGCCUCCAGAGCCUGACACCAAUCAGACGACAGUGAAGGAGGAGCUAACAGAGCCCUCCAACAAUCAGAAGAACGUGGAGUCACUGAAGGAGGAGUCAAUGAAGCAGAUCAACCAAGAAGAGGAACAACAACAAGAGACAUGUCAAAAUGUCAAAGAGCAGCUGGAAACCAACAACACAGAGAACAGCAGCAGCUCAGACAGUCAGGAGACGUCAGGAGACGUCACUGUGGUGGUUAAUGACAACUACAAGUUUAUCCUUCUGAGAAAUGAGUCUGAUCAGGACAAACCACUGGGAGGACGUCAGUUAAAAGUCCAGAUCAACAAUAGUGAACCCAUCACAUACACAUUUGAUCCAUCAGUGAAACUCAAGACUGGAAAGAUUCUUACUUUAUACCAUCCAGACGGAGAGCAGCUUGUUUCUGGUAACCUGGUGUGGGAGGAGCUGAAGUCCUGGAUGCCUGGAGACAGAGUCCAGGCCUCUCUGCAGUGAAUUAGUUCCCAGUUGAACUCCUUCAAUAAAGUUCAGUAAUCCAGCAAACAGCAACAUUAUAGAUGAGAAACAGCACGACUCAGAUCUUCCUGCAGAAACCACACACUGCAGAGAAAGUCUCUGGAAACACUUGGCUCCAUUUUAUUGGAUUAGUCAAGUUUGAUGUGAACGUUGGUUUGUUUAAAGACUUUUACAGGAUGACGUCAGUGUUUCAGAUUCUAUGUAACAAGUCUCCUUGUUUCCUGUUGUAAAGAGAUGAAAAGAUGAAGAGAUGUAAAUUUCAACCUUUUAAUGUUUUGUUUUGAGAACAUGUUUAAAGCUUUAAAAUAAAAAUGUACUUUUCCAUUUA